CAGAUUACAUUGGAGCCUGGGCUUCACCAAGGCUGGCUAUGCAAUGCAAUGCCUGGAUCUUGGCUGAUGGGUUGGCUUUGGCUGGUUGCAACCAUGGUGAGCUUGUCCGGUUAUCCAGCAUUCCUGGAGGCAGCUCCUGAGUUUUCAGGUUAUCUGAGGAAGGUUUUGAAGAACCACACUAUCCAUGCCUGCGAUGGGGGGCAACUAACAAUACUUUGCCCCCACAAGACCUCCGUUACCAUCCUGUCUGCUUUCUAUGGGCGAAGGGUACCCAGCCCAAACCUCUGUCCAGCCUCAGGAGAAAUCUCUUUGGAAGAAGACAUCAAUUGCUCGUCUGCAACAGCCCACCAGAAAAUGAUGGAUGAGUGUCAGGACCACCGAUGGUGCCAUUUCCUUGUCCACAGCCGAGUGUUUGGGCCCGAUCCAUGCCCAGGAACACACAAAUAUUUGUUGGUUUCCUACAAAUGCAGACCUGCCAAUUAUCGUCUCAAGACCGUAUGUGAAAAUGACAAGAUGAGGCUACAAUGUCGGAGCAACUCAGUUCUAGCAAUUUAUUCUUCGAUUUAUGGGCGACCUUUGCGAGGAAAGCUGGAGUGUAAUUCUAUGAAUGGGACAGAGCCUGAAAUAGAAUGCAUAGCUCCUGAUGCCUUGAGAAGAGUGUCCCAAAGGUGCCACAAGAAGAGGAAUUGCACCCUUGUUGCUAGCACGGCUACAUUUGGAGACCCUUGCUUCCCGGGGGUGAAGAAACAAUUGAGAGUGUCCUACACUUGCGUGCCAAGGCAGUUGCUAGAAGAAGCAACACGUGAAUCCCGGGAAGACCCCUUCUCAAUCUCAGAUUACACCCAUGGUGGCUGGUACACCGGGCCGAGGCUGUCCAAGCGGUUCCAAGAAAAUCUGAUGAUAUUUACUAACUCUCUGGAAACAAUAGCCCAUAUUUGGGGUGUUCCCGAGAAGGUGGGCUUUUAUUUCCUAUGUGGGGUUUCUACAGGACUGAUCUUUCUCCUCCUCUUCUUUGCCCCCAAAACAACCUUCUUGCAUGACUUCAAAGGGGCCUUCAAAAAGGCAGAUGUGACUGAGUCCUUGCAACUGGAGACAACAAAGUUACAGGAUGACCAAGAUGAAGAAAAUCGGGAGGAAAGCUCUUCUGAAUCUUCUUUCAGCCAUCUUACCUCCAAUUACCGGAACACCAACAUCUUUGGGCCGGAACUGACUGCAGCCUUGGAAGGGGCAGCUGAUCAAAGAGGCCACGAAGGCGAUGAAAUUUGGAUCCCCAAGGAAUCCAGCCCAUAUGCCAUCCACAAAAUUAAGGCGGCCACCAAAUGAGAAGGACUAACAUUGGAAGUUGGGCAGAGUGAGCUGCGCUGGGUGAACACAGGUAGUCCUUCAUUUAAUGAUCACAAUUGGG